AAAAUAUCUGGAAUUGAUAAUCAUAGUUUUGUUUCUUUCUUAAUCACUGAAAGAGUGAAUUAAUAAGAAAAAUAGUUGUUUUGAUAAAAUUUAUAAGAAAAUAAUUGGUUCAGCAAAAAAGCUAAAAAUUAAUUACAACUACUUCAUGGUAAGAGGGUCCGGGUCGGGUUGGGUCCCGGGCUCGCCUUCUGGUUAGGGUUUUUGAAUAAUUAACAAAAUCUCUCUCGCUCUCUCUGAGUCGAAGAGAGGCAACGUACACACAUUACACGCAGUAGCAGGUGAAAGAAAUGGGCGGAAAGGCGAUAAGGAGAAGAGAGAAGAACUACAAAGCGGCUCAUGACGGCGGCAACAGCACCCGUCUUCCGCCACCACCUGUUGCUUCCUCCAUUGAUGCUCUCCCGUCAAAACUUCGUAAAUUGAUGUCCUUCGCAGGAGCUGGAAAGCAAUCACUGAAUUUUGGGAAGAAAAACACAGGAGAUGGAGCUGAUAAGGCUGCUCGUUUGGCAGAAGGAGCAGAAUCUAGUACUACAGGGAUGAAAAGAAAAAGAGAUGGUCAGGGUUUGAUGGCACAACAAAAGGAGCAAGGAGAUGAAGGCCCUGAAAUUAGCAAGAAUGAGAAGAAGAAAAAGAAGAGGAAAGGUAAAAUAGCUGAUGACCUCCGGUUUAAGGCAUUGGAUACACCAGCUGCUGGUUCGCGGAGAAAAGAGCGCAAAAAGAAGCUGUUGGAAGCGAAAAAGAAGAAACAGCAGAAGGUCCAGACAGAAGAGGAUUUGGACUUUCGUGGCCGUGAAGAGAUUAAAUUUGGAGAUAUCGUUGAGGCACCUCCAAAGUUAACUGCUGUUCCCAAGUCGUUCAAGGCAGUCAGCGCCCAGGAUGCUUCACAUGAAAGGCUUCGUUUACAGGCAGUCGAAGCCUACAGGAAACGCAAAGGAUGGGAAUCAAGGCCAGGGGUUAAGCUUCCACCACCAGCUGCGACUACAUCAACAUUCUUCUAACUGCUCAGGCACAGGCAUGAGAUUACUUGUUCUUAUUGUCAUCUACGUCCACACAAUACAGUCAAUAUACCUAUACUGGAAAAUGGAAUCGUAGGAAGAGGUUUAUUUUCCAUGAUUUCCAAAUGACCUGUAACUGUUGAUGUUCUGAACUAGUCCGAGAGUUGAUGUAAGAGCAAUUCUAUAGUUUAAAUCAUAAUGUUUAGAUCAAGGCUUUAAUUUUA